UCAGAACUCCAGCUGUGGGACUGUGUUGGAACGAUGACGGGAUGGUAGAGACUAACAGAAACUUGUAGUGUGUGUGUGUGUGUGUGUGUGUGAUGUCAUGUGACUCUGAUUGGCUUGUUGAUUCAAACUCAGCCGGACUCAAAGUUAGCAUCCUACUCAUGAAUUCUUUCCAUCAUCACCAUAGCGACCGGCGACCUUGGUGGCAGCGGUGGUCUCCGCUUCAUGUUUUGAGACUUUAGCUCGUUGGCGUAGCGACCAGGAUGCAGGUGUCCAUAGCGUGUAAUGUAGGUGGAGGCAGCGGCGGUGGCGGCGGUGGCGGCAGUGGUGGGACGAGUGACCAUCUGCUGAAGGAGCGGCGACUGGCGUUAAACACCAGCAAUGUGCCUGCCUGUCAGUCAAAGGUCAGGGCGGAGCCGUCAAACAGGCACACCCUGUUAGGCCACGCCCACAUGAAGGAGGCCCUCGGUCGUCACAGUAACAUGAAGUACAGGAAUCUUGGGAAAUCUGGACUGAGAGUGUCCUGCUUAGGACUGGGAACAUGGGUGACAUUUGGCUCUCAGAUCUCCGAUGAGAUGGCAGAGAAUGUGAUGACGGUGGCGUACGACAGUGGAGUGAACUUGUUCGACACAGCAGAGGUUUACGCCUCAGGGAGGGCAGAGACGACGCUAGGAAACAUCCUGAAGAAGAAAGGAUGGAGGAGGUCCAGUUAUGUGGUGACCACUAAGAUCUACUGGGGAGGACAGGCGGAGACAGAGCGGGGGUUGUCACGAAAACACAUCAUCGAAGGACUGCGUGGCUCUCUCUUCAGGUUACAGUUGGACUAUGUGGACAUCGUCUUCGCCAACAGGAGUGACAUCAACGCACCGAUGGAGGAAGUGGUCCGUGCGAUGACCUUCGUGAUCGAUCAGGGUAUGGCCAUGUACUGGGGAACGUCCCGCUGGAACGCUGUGGAGAUCAUGGAGGCGUACUCCAUAGCGAGACAGUUCAACCUGGUUCCUCCGGUGUGUGAGCAGGCUGAGUAUCAUUACUUCCAGAGAGACAAAGUGGAGCUGCACCUGCCAGAACUGUACCACAAGAUCGGUGUCGGAGCCAUGACCUGGUCUCCGUUAGCCUGCGGGCUGCUGACGGGCAAAUACAACGAGGGCGUCCCAGAGAGCUCCAGAGCUGCCAUGAAGGGUUACUCCUGGCUGAAGGAGCGUCUCAGCAGUGAUGAAGGGAAGAAGCAGCUCAGUAAAAUCAAAGAGCUCCACCUGCUGGCUGACAGACUGAAGUGCACUGCAGCCCAGCUCGCUAUAGCGUGGUGUCUUCGUUCUGAAGGUGUCAGCUCGGUUCUUCUCGGAGUCUCAAACACAGAACAGCUUCUGGAGAACCUGGGUUCCAUCAAGGUUCUGACUCAGCUGACUCCACCCCUAAUGGCAGAGAUGGACGCGUUGCUCGGCAACAAGCCACGGAGCAGCAAGAAAGAGGCGCGUAGCUGAGGAGGAAGACCAGGGAGAGGAUUAGGAAGAAGAAGAGGAGGAGGAGGAAGACAAGGAGGAAGAGGAGAAGGAAAUUAAAACUUGAAUCAAGUGGUCAGGAAAGAGUGGGAAGAAGAUGGCUGACAGGAAGUAUGAGGACAGGAUCCUCGUUGUCCUCGUCGUCAUGGAGACGGAGGCCACAGAGAGACUUGACCUUCUGCAGACGAUCAGAAAUAUAUCAGAAAUAUUUAUUCUUAUAUUAACCUGAAGACAGAGCAGAGCCUCGUGUGGACAGUCUCAUCAUUACAGAUCAAUACACAAUCUAUUACUGAUCAAUCAAACUGAUCAGCCCCACACCACAGAAGAAGAGACGGUCCGGUCUUCUAUUCUGUUUCAUUUCUGCUUUAAAAAUGUUUUGGUUUCUUCUCAGGUCACAAUUCUGACAGCCAAUCAAAACCGUCCUGACUGUGGACGUACGGAAGCUCGUCGGUGCCAAAAGACAAACAGCUGAUCAAGUCCCCAAACAUAAACGUCUGGAACACAAACAUGUCGAGUCAAAUCUUGUUUCUGUUGCCUUGGCGACGAUGAUCUUCUGUACAGUCUGCUGCUUCACUUUCAAAAUAAAAGCGUGCUGUUAGCCGGGGUGACUGUGCGUACGAGGCUCUGAACUCUCCUGUAUCCUCCGACAGUACUGCAGUAUAUCAAUGAGUAUAUUUACUAUAGAGUAUAAAUUUAUAUUUUAUGAAUGUAGCUCCUGUAGUCUGAAGACUUUUCACUGACCUCGUCAUAUAAUCCACCAUUCGUUCUUUGUCUGCAUCUAUUUAAACCAUAUUUCACCAGAAACACAGCGAUGUGUUCAGGGACUGAGGAUAUUUAUGGACACUCAGUGUUCAUGUGAUAAAUAAAUAAAUACAUAAAACAUGAGAAAAUACAACCAUGACAUGACCAAACAAUCCAGUGAGGCACAUUUUAUUGUUUUCUAAUUCUGUUGAUCAGCUGUUUUAUCUCCAUCACUCAUUAUAAAUAAAGCUAGUUAAUAAACCCCUUAUUCAUUCUA